GUAUCAUUUACCUGUUUUGAAAACAUUUUUUAUCUAAUCACGUAAAAGAGGAAGAACGCAUUCAAGAGUAUGGUUGUGUAGAUAUUUUAAUAAGUUUAGUUUUAAAAUGUCGCGGACAUUUGGAGUGUGUUGGAUAUUUCUUUGGAUUUCGGCUGCUGCUAAUGUUACAGCUUAUUAUGUCCUUUCAAAUGAAACUGCCUCGUGGGACAAUGCAAAAAGUAGGGGAAACUUUGCAACACCAACAAUUCAAGGGAAUAACUCUUCUUGGUUUAAUAUCAAUAUAACAUCUGACCUAAAUGAAAAUGAAACAGCAUGGGUUGGAUAUUAUAAGAAGGAAACAGCCUUUGCUUACAUUGGAUGUAGCCUAUUAAACAAAACAGUACCAAAUGGUUUGUUGCCGACAAGGAAGAAUUCCCCAGGCAAUUGCUUUUCAUUGUGCAAAGAAACAUAUCACAGUUAUAUUGGAUUAAACAAAGGCAAUUGUUUUUGCCUAAGUGAAUUACCAAGUGGAAACAUAACAUUGAGUAAAUGUGAUAUUUCUCCUAAUGGAGAUUGGAUUGCUGGUGGAAACGAUUGUAUGUCAUUGUACCAAAAGAUCAGAGCGGAUAUACAUGUUACAAGAGGCGGGAAUAGCGGAAAAUGUCUUGUGUUUGAAGCAAGGAAUAAUGAGCUUUAUUGGACACGGUGUGAAGAAUAUGACCAAACACUAUGCAAAAACGGUUCUGCUAUCGUUUCUGCCCAGUAUUAUUCACAAACAUACUUUUCGUGGAAGCAUUAUGUAAAAGCUUGUUUCGAAAUAAACUUGUCUCCAAUCAGCUAUAAUGACACUUUGAAUUCAACAAGUAUAAGCCAGGCUAAUGGUCCAACAUCGACAAAUGUUAUUCGCAGUGAUGCAAUAUAUAGAUUUAAUGAGAAACCAAAUGCAAUUAGUACAGAUGACAGUGUGAAGUAUGGAUAUAUUACUAAACGUGGGAACAUUACAUUUUUACUUUUCACUGAAACUAGUUCAAACAAGCGCUAUCUGCUUCAAAUAGAUUCAGAGACAGGAUUAAAUCUCACCAGUGAACAAAUACGGACAACAACCACACCGACAUCAACGACCAAAACAACACGAAAACCACUAGAUAAUGGCACCACACCAAGACAUACUUCAUCAUUACCAAUAAAAUCUUCAUCUAUUACCACAUCCUCCAUACCUUCAGUGAACGAUGGUAUCACGAAUAGUUCAGAACCCAUGCAGUCAAUAUCUGUGACAAGUAUAUCAGAAAGUUCUGACGUUAGUGUCUCUGUCAGCAUUUCAGUUGUUGCUGUAAUCAUUGUGGUAGUUAUUGUUACAAUAAUAACUUUAAAAAAACGAAAGAAACUCUUUAUUCGAUGCUGCAAGACAACAGACCAAACGCAGAGUCGUACCAUCCAUCAGGGGAUUAAUGAACUUGUUCAAAUAGGAAGGAACAAUUCAAAAGAGAUCGCUUUGCCUUGCCAAAUAAGUGGUUCUUUAUACCAAAAUGUCGACGCGCCAUCUAGGGAGAUCACUGAUCCGCAUACAUAUUGUGGCCUUGAAAAUAUCGAACGGGGAACAAAUAAUAUGGAAAGUGAAUACAGUCAACUGUCAUUAUCUUGAUUAUAGAUAGAUUGUCAAAAAGAAGUCAUUGUAACAAUAUGGCGAAAUAACCGUUUUUUCAAAUCUUUUUGAGGAUCUUUUUUGAAAUCUGGGAAAAAGGAAGAUCCUUCGAAAGCAAAUUAUUCAUGUCAGUAACUAAAUGCACGUAUUUCUUGUCUUUAUGUUGGUCCAAAUGGACCUGAUUUGUUUAAAAUCAAUAUUUUUGUAAAAUUACUUCUUUUUCUAAUGAUUUCUAUUCAAAUUUUGUCUGAAGUUACAGACUUUUUAAUAAAUAUUUGCUCCAGCUCAUCGCCGAUAACCUUCA